GCGAGAUUUUCAACCGUGGGCUCCCUCCUUUCCUUUUGUGUAUUUCUGAUUCUGAGACGCACACACCCAAAAAACCACAACCUGCUACACCAAUAUAUAUGCUCACGUAUUCCUCAUUUCUUUGGUUUUUGUUUUAGGCUCCUCUGUUGCUUUUACAGCGCUUGAUGGAAGCAGCUCAAGUUGUGAACAGUAAUGGCAAUGCCGAUGGUGACUACCAGUACGAAAUUAUCAGUUGGUUCGAUAGUGUAUCGAAGAACGCCGCCAUGGUCCAGACGGAGACACUUGGCCAGAUUCUUCAUCUCAACUAUGGUGUGGAGUACCUGAAAAAAUGGUUUGGGGACAUGAAGAUCCAAGACAUGGAUGCUUGUGCAUUGGAAUCUCUUUACGCCUCUUUAGUUCCUCUAGCCUCCCAUGCAGAUUUUGAGCCUUUUAUUCAACGAAUUGCAGAUGGAGACACUGCUCCUAUUCUCACCCAACAAACUAUUACUACUCUCUCUCUAAGCUCCGGUACCACAGAAGGGAGACAGAAGCUUUUACCCUUUACUCGCCAUAGCUCCCAGACCACCUUGCAGAUAUAUAGGUUGGCAGCAGCUUACAGAUCAAGGGUUUAUCCAAUAAGAGAAGGUGGAAGAAUCUUGGAGUUCAUAUACAGCAGUAAACGGUUAAAAACAAAGGGAGGAUUAACAGCGGGAACAGCAACCACCCACUAUUAUGCUAGUGAAGAAUUCAACAUCAAACAGGAGAAGACCAAGUCAUUCACUUGCAGCCCACAGGAAGUGAUUUUCGGGGGAGAUUAUAAACAAUCUACUUAUUGCCAUCUAUUACUCGGCCUCUUGUUUUGGGAUGAGGUCGAGUUAAUCGCCUCAACCUUCGCUUACAGCAUAGUCCAAGCCUUUGCCUCUUUUGAAGAGCAAUGGGAAGAAAUAUGCAGUGAUAUCAAGGACGGCACACUGAGCUCAAGGAUAACACUGCCCAGGAUGCGAAAAGCCGUGUUGGAUAUAAUUUCUCCAAACCCAUGUUUGGCAUCACAGAUUGAAGCCAUUUGCAGGGACUCCAAAGCUUCCAACUGGUAUGGCAUCGUUCCCAGGCUGUGGCCGAAUGCAAAGUAUGUGUACUCUAUCAUGACCGGCUCAAUGCAACCCUACUUGAAGAAGCUUAGGCACUAUGCUGUCUCGUUACCGCUAGUGAGUGCUGACUACGGGUCAACCGAGGGUUGGAUUGGGGUGAACUUGGAUCCUUGUUUGCCGCCUGAGGAUGCCACUUUUGCUGUAAUCCCUACUUUUUCUUAUUUCGAGUUUAUACCCCUCUACAAAAAGAAGCAAGAUUUGACUUCCAGCACAGUUGGUUACAUAGAAGAUGAACCAGUCCCACUCUCCCAAGUCAAGCUUGGACAAGAAUAUGAGCUUGUCCUUACAACUUUUACUGGGCUUUACAGAUAUCGGCUAGGAGAUGUGGUGGAAGUGGCUGGAUUUCACAAUGGGACCCCGAAAUUAAAUUUCAUAUUCAGGAGGGAGCUAAUAUUAACGGUUAACAUAGACAAGAACACAGAAAAUGACCUUCAGCUGGCGGUAGAAAGAGGGUCAGAGGUGCUAAGCAAGUAUGGAGGGGAGCUGGUUGAUUUCACGAGCCAUGCGGAGGUGAUGCAUCAACCAGGGCACUACAUGAUUUACUGGGAAAUAAAAGGGGAAGUGGAGGAGAGGGUGCUAGGUGAGUGCUGUGGCGUAAUGGAUGCUUCUUUUGUGGAUCACGGCUAUGUUGUGUCCAGGAGAACCAACUCCAUUGGACCUUUAGAGCUUUGCAUUGUGGAAACAGGGACUUUCAACAAGGUUUUGGAUUAUUUCAUAGGGAAUGGAGCAGCACUUGGCCAAUUCAAGACUCCAAGGUGCACCAACAACCAUAUCCUCCUUCGAAUCCUUAAUCUUUGUACCAUUAAAAGGUUCCACAGCACUGCUUACAAUUAACAACAACACAGGCUUAUCUACCAAGUGCUCUUUAAUUUCAUAUAUUAUUCCUUUUCUCUUCCCACUAUCAAAAAUACAAUCGAUUUCACGUGUAAUAGGGAAAAAACAUAUUUUAGAGUUUAGGAUGCUUUUUCUUCUUCUUUUUUUCAUUUUGCAACUUAGAUAACCUGCAUUAUUAUUACGAGGGAUGAGUGAAUGCUAAUGUCCAUUUCAGAGUGUUGAUGAUUGGAACCAAGCAUUCCAUUUUUAGUACAGGUGGAUGAUUCAUCUCUUCUGGGUAAA